UUGUGGAAGUAUAGUACUUUGUCAUUAUGAGAUGUCGUCUCUCGGUGCCUCCUUUGUGCAAAUUAAAUUUGAUGACUUGCAAUUUUUUGAAAACUGCGGUGGAGGAAGUUUUGGGAGUGUUUAUCGAGCCAAAUGGAUAUCACAGGACAAGGAGGUGGCUGUAAAGAAGCUACUCAAAAUAGAGAAAGAGGCAGAAAUACUCAGUGUCCUCAGUCACAGAAACAUCAUCCAGUUUUAUGGAGUAAUUCUUGAACCUCCCAACUAUGGUAUCGUCACAGAAUAUGCUUCUCUGGGAUCACUCUAUGAUUACAUUAACAGUAAUAGAAGUGAAGAGAUGGAUAUGGAUCACAUCAUGACCUGGGCCACAGAUGUAGCCAAAGGAAUGCACUAUUUACACAUGGAGGCUCCUGUUAAGGUCAUUCAUAGAGAUCUCAAGUCAAGAAAUGUUGUUAUAGCUGCUGAUGGAGUUUUGAAGAUCUGUGAUUUUGGUGCUUCUCGGUUCCAUAACCAUACAACACACAUGUCCUUGGUUGGAACUUUCCCGUGGAUGGCUCCAGAAGUUAUCCAGAGUCUCCCCGUCUCUGAAACUUGUGACACAUAUUCCUAUGGUGUGGUUCUCUGGGAGAUGCUGACAAGGGAGGUCCCCUUUAAAGGUUUGGAAGGAUUACAAGUAGCUUGGCUUGUAGUGGAAAAAAACGAGAGAUUAACCAUUCCAAGCAGUUGCCCCAGAAGUUUUGCUGAACUGUUACAUCAGUGUUGGGAAGCUGAUGCCAAGAAACGGCCGUCGUUCAAGCAGAUCAUUUCAAUUCUGGAGUCCAUGUCAAAUGACACGAACCUUCCUGACCAGUGUAACUCAUUCCUGCACAACAAGGCAGAGUGGAGGUGCGAAAUCGAGGCAACUCUUGAGAGGCUAAAGAAACUAGAGCGUGAUCUCAGUUUCAAAGAACAGGAGCUUAAAGAACGAGAAAGACGUUUAAAGAUGUGGGAGCAAAAGCUGACGGAGCAGUCCAACACCCCGCUUCUCUUGCCUCUUGCUGCAAGAAUGUCUGAGGAGUCUUACUUUGAAUCUAAAACAGAGGAGUCAAACAGUGCAGAGAUGUCAUGUCAGAUCACAGCAACCAGUAACGGGGAGGGCCAUGGCAUGAACACAGGCCUGCAGGCCAUGAUGCUGAUGGGCUUUGGGGAUAUCUUCUCAAUGAACAAAGCAGGAGCUGUGCUGCAUUCUGGGAUGCAGAUAAACAUGCAAGCCAAGCAGAAUUCUUCCAAAACCACAUCUAAGAGAAGGGGAAAGAAAGUCAACAUGGCCCUGGGGUUCAUUGAUUUUGACUUGUCAGAAGGUGACGAUGAUGACGAUGAUGGUGAGGACGAGGAUAAUGACAUGGAUAAUAAUAGUGAAUGAAAACAGAAAGCAAAGUAAUAAAAUUGAAAAUGUUCCAAAAAAAAAAAAAAAACCAAAAGAAACUUGCUAUCAGUCUAUACAAAAUCAGUAAGGAGGCAGAAAACCAAGCACUACAUUUUUAGGCCAAUCACAUUUAUAUGACAGUGAUUUCUUUAUCAGUUUUACUUUUGAUUUAUUUUUGCUUACAGAAAAAUGGGAAAGUUAAGCAAAAAAGGUAUAUUUAUGAAUCAGCAAAUGUGGUGCCUGUUUAUAGAAAUUUGUGAUUCUAUAUACAAUAUAGCAUUUUUUAACUGAGAAGACUUUUUUUAAUGAAUAUAUUUGCCCUUAUUUCCUUUAUUAAAUUGGUCAAGAAAACUUACAUUUUGAACAAGCACUCUUAACUCCUAAUUCUUCUUUGACACGAUUCUUUUGUAACAUACUACUUUUUGUUGUUGUUAUGGCAAUACACUGUAAUGUCAGAAAUGAUUGAUAGGGGCUACAAAAUCCAACAACAAAAAAAUUGAGAUGAAAGAAGGUUAUAACAAAAUGCUCUUCAGAAAUACCUAAAAGCUGAGAAUUUUCAAUUCUAAAUAGCACAGCUACUCAAAGUAAAACCCGAGAAAUGUUCUCAGUAGUACAUUUGAAGACGAAAUACUCUAAUUUGAAACCAGUAGCACAUGUUGCAGGCUUUCAUACCAGCGCUAGCCCUGGAAACUUCUUAACAACAACACACUGUCAUCCAAGGCUUAGAUUGUACUUUAUACAAAGACAAAUAUAUGGUCUUAAAGGGAUGCUUCCAGGCAUGCAAGUGCUGGGUACAUGCCUGCUCUGCACUUCCAGUAAGGGGGGUAUGUGUGGUUAUUUGUUUUCCAGAGGAGCAUAAUGACCCUGGAUUCUAAAUAUACAGAGAAAUAUUUUAAAGAGAAAAUUAAAUAUUAUAAAAGGAAUAAUAAAGAUAAGUUAUCUCUAUUUAGACAAAAACUCAGGCUGAAGGGUCCUUUCUGUAUCAAAUCCAGUCUUCCAAAGUUGUCUUUUUGGGGGCUGGCUGGUUAACUCAGUUGGUUAGAGUGCAGCCUUAUAACCCCAAGGUCAUGAGUUCGGAUCCCCAUACCAGGCAGCUGCCAAAAAACAAAAACCCUCUAAAGUUGUCUUUUUUUUUUGUAACUCUUUUCAGUGUUGCUGGUGUUUUACAGAAGUAGAUAUAGGUGCUACUCUGAAAACCUGUCUAACCAGAGAUAUUUUCAAAGUAUUAUCACAUAUUUUUCAAAGCUUGUUUAAACUAUAAAAUAGUGUUUUAAAAAAUUACAAAACAUUUGCAAUUAUAUAAAUAAAGGCAAAAGAGCAAAGUCUUUUUUCAAUCUAAAUUAGCAAGCAAUCUCAUUUGACUAUUAAACUGAAAGACUUUUGAUGGUUCUUUUUAUGGAAGUUUUAAGAAAGGAUAUCAUAGAUAUUAUCUAAUACCAUUUCAAACUGUAUUCAAUCAUAGAAAGCCUCUUGGAAUUUGAAGCAUUAUAUGAGCUGCCCCAUUAAGAGCUGAAAAGUAUGAUGAAAUGAUCAGUAUGCUGUGCCAGCUUUUAUUUGGAGAGAAAUAACUAAUAAAAUGUCCUGGGUAUGAGAUGGAAAACAGUCUCUAUAGCAUAGUCAUAAAAAGAGGGAUCUGGAGUCUGAUCAUGAUUCAGAAUCCUGGGCCUACUUGCUGUACAAUCUUGGUCAAAUUAUUUAAUCUCUGUGUGUCGGUUUGCUCAUCUUUAACAUGGAAAUAAUAAUAGUAACUGCUUCAAAGGAUUAUUGUGAGGAUUAAAAUAAAUAAUAUAUGUAAAGCACUUAAUACAGUACCAGGCCCAUGGUAAGUGGCCAGUUAAUAUUAGCUACUAUUAAUUGUGCCAAUGAAAAGACACUAAAAAAUAAGUGAUUUCAGUAACCUUCUUGAAAACUAAACUAUCAAUUUCAAGUGAUGUUUGCUUAGUAGUAUGAGAUGAAAUCGAAAGUAGAUAGCUUUCAGGAAAGAUAAAGACAACAUUCUUAGAAUGUAAGCUAUACAAACAGAUUUAUUGUGUUGCUCUUCGAAAACUAUGAGCCCUGGCCAGGUUUACCUGGUCUGAGGUGUUUGCAGGCAGUGCCACCACCCACAGACAAGUAAACACAGAGAGAGCAGGUAAACCUUUCCCCUAGAAGGUGGGUUCCCCACAUACCCAUUCUGCUACAGUUUCUCUGUCUGUACAUGCUUAGAUCCAGAUAACAUGCACACAUAAGUUCUCAGACACAGGGAGGUACGUACCCCCUGACUCAAGUCAGGCCACUCAAGCAGAAAAUAUUGGGGUGGAACGGAAGGGACAGCUUGCAACUCUUGCCUUCCCAACAUGCCCUGGGACUCUGGUCAGCAGUCUGAAGGGAAGAGCCAAAGACUUGGGGUUUAAAAGCUACUGCUCAUCUCCCCAGGCAAAGAUAAAGUCAUCCAUUUAACAAAUAUUCGUUGAGCCCCUCCUCUGUGCCAGGUGCUCUUCUAAAGAACAGCUAGACGAAAAUCUUUGCACACACGGAGCUUACAUGCUAGUAAGCAGGGAUGGACAAUCCAACAAUACAAAUGCAUUAUAUAAUAUGUUAACAUUUGAUAAGUACAUGGUGAAAAAUGAAGCAGGGAGGGAGGAUUAAUCCCAUGGAGGAGUGUUGAGGUUUUUAAAGUGUGGUCAGAAAAGGCCUCCCUGAUAAGGUAGUAUUUGAGCAAAGCUGAAGAAGGCGGAGGGAUUUCUGUGGCUAAUUUCAGGAUUUGUGUACUUUAUGCAAGAAUGCAAACCUUGCUUCUCAUUUAAGAAUAAUUAGCAAUAAAUUUAGAACAUAUUAACUGAAUGAAACUGACUUUCUUUUUUUUUUUUGGAAUUUACAUGUGAGUCCAUCUGAUUAUACAUAAAGUUUUGGUACGUUAAUAAAAGCAUCCAAAUAGGGCCAAAAAGAAAAGUAUCUCUUAACUGCUACUGUCUUUCUCACCAAUAUUCCAGAGAUGAUCAUAGCUUAAUAUUCUACCAUAAAGCAGGUGCAAGAGUUUAGAAUAUAGCAGAAUUGGCCUAGCAUUGGACUGGAUUCAUUCAACAUUAUAGUACUGGCUAUUUUACUUUCUGUUCCAAAUCAGUGUCCUUCUAGUGGUUUGAAAAUAUUAAAACAUCCCUGAAUUCUGAAUCAUAGAAAGAGAAUUUUAUAGUGUUCUCACUCAUUUAGACUCUAUUGAUUUUAUUGAUUUUAAAAGGAAAUGUUUAACCAUAUGCAGAAUUUCUAAUGAUGAUAUUAGUUGUGCAGCUUCUAAUCACUUUUCAGAUCAAUUUUUGAAAUGGCAAAUUACCAGUGUUGGAUUUAAUUCCAGUUACUAGACUUACAAAAAUGUACAUUUAGAAAGAGGAGAAGUAAAGAAAAACUGAAAAAUUUAAGGUUUCAAAGUAAGAAUUGAAACUCUAAAUUGUGGUAAUAAUUGUCAGUCAUACAACUGAAAAUGUAUCACCUUUCAUUUUUUUUUUCUUUACUCAUAAAAUUGAUCCUGUAGAAUUUGAUAACACCCUACUAGUAGUUCUCAACUGGUAUAGCGCUGUAACCUAAUGGGGUUUGGGCGUGCGGGGGCGUAUUUUUGGUUGUUACGGUGACUGGGGUGCCAAUCCGUGCCAGGAAUGGUAACAUCCUGCUUGCUAGAGACAGUCCCACUCAGUAAAAAGUUCCAUCCAAAAUAUCACUAGCAUUGGCCCUUCCCCAUUGAGAAACUUGUUAAACCUGGAAGUUUGAGUUCUUUGUCUAAUUUUUCCCCCUAAACAAAAUACCCAAGUAAAAAAAAAAAAAAAGUGCAUUUUCAGAAUUACAACUACACAAUCUGAGUUUUGUAAGUUUGUGGCUUUAUCUUAAAUCACUAUUUGUGGAAAUGGCUUCUUUCCCCUUAAGAGUGCUGGUAGAAACUUUACAGAACAGCUAAAUUCUGCCUGCGGGGGGGCGGGAGUGUCACUUUCUUAUACACUGAUUCCACAAUAAAUAAAAAAAGAAAAACCUCAUUGAGGUAGCUAUAAUUCUGCAAAGUAGCCAGGCUAAUAAUUUAAAAGACCCCUUUUCCUCACAGAAAAAAAAAAUUCUGUAUUUUUUAAAAGCAGAAUUACAUUUUAUAUUUUAUAGAAUCAGUAGGAAGAGGCUGAAGGCACAUAGCACACUGUUUUUGAUGCUCUGGAAAUGUCAAAGCAUGGUUUUUAGCCAGUGAUUUUUAAUAUGCAGUGGAUUUGUUAGACUUUAACACCAGCUGAUGUAUUCAAACUUGAUCCCCAUUUAAAAAAACAAGAAACUAGGUGUGGAGGAAGGAUUUAGGAGAAAUCCAGAAUCACUUCUCAUAGCAUUACUAUGUAUAUAGCUUUAUUUUUCAGAGUUUUCAUUAGAGUGGUAAGAGUUUUAAAACUUAUUCUGAGUUAAAUGUUGAUUCUUUUUUUUUGCUUUUUGUUACACUGGAUUUGUUGUACCCUUUUGAAACUAGCAGAGUCUCACCACAUAUGUAAUAGAGCAUAAUUUUUCUAUAAUCGGGCACCUUUUGCUGCUGUUGAGUAAGACUGUUUUCUUGUUUAGAUUUCAAGCAUUGCCAGAGAAGAGUCUGUUCUAUUCUUUUGAUUGUAGCAUAGCCUGAUAGCUCUAGAUGCGGCAUUUCUAUGAUGAAAAAUGUGUGUCUAUCAGGAAAUCUAGAGGACUCACCACGAGUUUCAAGCACCUACAUAAAUUAUAUCGUGUGCAGAAUAGUAUAUCUUUUAAUGUCAGAUACCAUACACUGCACAUAUUGCUUUUGCACUCUCUUAAAAAUUUUGUACUAAAUAAUAGAAAAUAUUUAUAUUCUUUGAGUGUGAGCUUUGAAUAGAUGGCAUUAUCACUUUGUUGGUUUUUUUUAAAAAAAAAACAAAAUCUUUUUCUCAUUUAUUCUAUUGCAAUGUUAUUCUGAGCAAGUCCUAUGCCAAAUAUCUUGUAUAAUGUUUGUAUGGAAGAUUAAAUUUUACUUUUGUGUGGUUAGACUAUUGAGUUACUGACUUUAUAGUUGGAAUUUGAUAUUUCAGCACAAAGUCCACAAUGUAUUCAGAAAUCCAAGUUGGUGUCAUACAUUUCAUUUUGAUGUGAACUUUGCUUUCCUUUGUUCUAAGACUCCAUUUUGCAAUAAACGUUUUGACAGUA